GAGAGCCCGGCUGCGGGCCAGGGCCUGCAGGACUGGUUCCGGAGAGCGUAGGAGAGAGAGGCGGACAGUGAGAGGGGAAGAUUUAGCGAGCACCCAGCGGAGGCGGUCCAGACGCCAGACAGAGGCCAGUCAGAGUCAGGAGGACAGCAGGCAGGAAUGCAGAUCUUCCCUGACGGGCAGUAUUUCCAUCUGCGGCACCGGGGCGUGGUCCAGCAGUCCCUGACCCCACACUGGGGCCACCGCCUGCGCCUGAAGAAAGACCCCAAGGUGCAGUGGUUCCAGCAGCAGACGGUACAGCGGCGGGUGAAACGCUCCUUGGUGGUGCCCACGGACCCCUGGUUCUCCAAGCAGUGGUACCUGAACAAGGAGGUGCAGCCAGACCUGAACAUCCUGCAGGUCUGGAGCCAGGGGCUGUCUGGCCAGGGCAUCGUGGUCUCUGUCCUGGACGACGGCAUCGAGAAGGACCACCCAGACCUCUGGGCCAACUAUGAUCCCCUAGCCAGCUACGACUUCAAUGACUAUGACCCGGACCCCCAGCCGCGAUACACACCCAGCGAUGAGAACCGGCAUGGGACCCGCUGUGCCGGGGAAGUGGCAGCGAUGGCAAACAACAGGUUCUGUGGUGCUGGCGUCGCCUACAAUGCCCGAAUCGGAGGGGUGCGCAUGCUGGACGGCACUAUCACCGACGUGAUCGAGGCCCAGUCGCUGAGCCUGCAGCCGCAGCACAUCCACAUCUACAGCGCCAGCUGGGGCCCCGAGGACGACGGCCGCACAGUGGACGGCCCGGGCAUCCUCACCCGAGAGGCCUUCAGGCGCGGCGUGACCCAGGGCCGAGGCGGGCUGGGCACCCUCUUCAUCUGGGCGUCAGGCAACGGCGGCCUGCACUAUGACAACUGCAACUGUGACGGCUACACCAACAGCAUCCACACGCUCUCGGUGGGCAGCACCACCCAGCAGGGCCACGUGCCCUGGUACAGCGAGGCCUGCGCCUCCACGCUCACCACUACCUACAGCAGCGGCGUUGCUGCCGACCCCCAAAUCGUCACCACAGACCUGCACCACCGGUGCACGGACAAGCACACGGGCACCUCGGCCUCCGCCCCGCUGGCUGCGGGCAUGAUCGCCCUGGCUCUGGAGGCCAACCCGUUCUUGACGUGGAGGGACAUGCAGCAUCUGGUGGUCCGGGCAUCCAGGCCAGCGCAGCUCCAGGCCGAGGACUGGAGGACCAACGGUGUGGGACGCCAAGUGAGCCACCACUAUGGCUACGGGCUGCUGGACGCCGGGCUGCUGGUGGACUUGGCUCGCUCGUGGCUGCCCACACAACCCCAGAAGAAAUGCAUUAUCCGCAUCGUGCACACCCCCACGCCAGCAGGAGGGGCCCUCGCCUCGCGUGCCGCAGCCCCCAGCCCCAUCCUGCGGGUGAUGCACGUGAGGAAGAACGUGUCAGCCUGCAUCGGCCACGCCAACUACAUCCGCUCGCUGGAGCACGUGCAGGUGCAGCUGUCCCUGUCCUACAGCCGCCGUGGGGACUUGGAGAUCUCGCUCACCAGCCCCAUGGGCACCCGCUCCACGCUUGUGGCCAUCAGGGACGCUGUACCGCUACACGCUGCUGCUCUAUGGGACAGCCGAGGACAUGACGGCACGGCCCUCGAGCCCCCAGGUGACCAGCAGCGCGUGUGUGCGGCGGGACACAGAGGGGCCGUGCCAGGGUGA